AUGCAUGCAAGAAUCUUGAUUGAAGUGAACGUAGAUCAAGAUUUUCCUAGCCUUAUUGAGUGUGAAAAUGAAAGGAAUGUUCAGAUGAAACAGGAAAUCCAUUAUGAAUGGAAGCCAAUGAAGUGUACCAAGUGUCAUGGCUUUGGCCAUGCUUUGAAUGAAUGUAAAAAGGAAGAGAAACAGAAUAAAGUGCUUAAGCCAGCUUGGAUCCCUAACAAGAAGAAGGGAAGACAAGAGUUAUGGAAGGAUAUAAGAAGUGUGGCUAGUGAUUCUCAACCUUGGAUUAUUCAAGGUGAUUUUAAUGCCCUAAUGUGUAUAGAAGAUAGAAUAGGGCAGAGUGUAAGAACAAGAGAAAUUGUAGACAUGAGAACAUGUAUGGAGGAUUGUCAUGUGAGGGAACUGAAAGCUUCUGGUCAGUUCUACACUUGGAAUAACAAGCAGGAAGGCUUAGAUAGGGUCUUUUGUAAAUUGGAUAGAGUUCUUGGAAAUGAUGCUUGGUUGGAUGAUUGGCCUCUCACUGAAGUUACUAUACUAGCUGAGGGAGAAUUUGAUCACUGUCCACUACUACUGAAAUCAUAUACAGAUCACACAAAGAAGAAACCAUUCAGGUUCUUCAAUAUGUGGUGCAAGGCUGAAAGCUUCCAUAGCACUGUUAGAAGAAUAUGCGAGAGAAGAAUUGAUGGCACCAAUAUGUUCCAAAUAGUGUCAAAGUUAAAGAUGCUAAAACAAGACCUGAAGCAGUUGAAUGUUACCCAGAAGAAUCUUCAUUCACAUCCAGAAGACAACACAUUGAGGGCGACAGAGAAGGAAGUUAGAGAGGCCUAUAAUCUUGCUCAUAGGAAUUAUGUUUCAUUCCUAAGUCAAAAAGCAAAGAUUAGAUGGAUACAGGAGGGUGAUGAUAACACAAAGACCUUUCAUCAGAACUUCUAUAAGAACUUGCUGGGGAACAAGAAUGAUACAGCUAAGAUAGAACCAGCUAUUGUUGCAAAAGGUCAUGUUUUGACUAUAGAUCAACAGGAGGCUCUUAAUUUGAGAUUUACUGGGGAUGAUAUUAAAAAGGCGUUAUUUUCCAUUCCUUAUGACAAAGCUCCAGGGCUUGAUGGGUAUUCAAGCUACUUCUUUAAGCAAAGCUGGGACACAGUAGGGACUUCAGUUAUUGAGGCUAUUCAAGAUUUCUUUAGAAGUGGUAAAAUACUCAGGGAGGUGAAUGUUAUAGCCAUAACUUUGAUUCCCAAAGUUAAAACUCCUGCUGCUGUGGGAGACUUCAGACCAAUAACCUGUUGCUCAGUAAUCUAUAAAACCAUAACAAAGCUCAUUUAUUCAGAACUUGGUAAAAUCUUACCAGACCUUGUUUCCCAGACUCAAGGAGCCUUUAUCAGUGGAAGAAGCAUCAUUAGAAAUAUCCUGCUUUGCCAAGACUUAGUGAAGAGGUUCAACAGAAGCAACAAUCAAGUCAAAGGCCUUAGAGCUAACAACAACAAGUCUGCUUUAUAUCACACUGCCAUGGAGGAUAGGGAGAUCACAAGGAUAGAGCAGUUUUCUGGCUUUGUCAAAGAUGAGCUUCCUUUUAGGCAUUUUCUGUGGAGUGGGGAAGCUGAGAGUGAUAAAGCUGGGCAUAUUAGAUGGGAGCUGGUGUGUAGUAGCAAGAAGUAUGGAGAAUUGGGCUUUAGAAACAUCAAGUUGUGGAAUAAAGCUGUGGGCAAGCUAGUCUGGCAUAUAGGCAGCAACAAAGAUGAUUUGUGGGUGAAAUGGAUACAUACGAUAUACAUUAAACACCACAAUUGGUGGACUUUCAAGGCCCCUGCAGGAGCAAGUUGGAUAGUGAAGCACAUAUGCAAAGUUAAAGAUGACUCUAGAGAAGUUGGGAUGCAAAACUGGGCGCCUAAUCAGCAGUACUCCAUCAGUAAGGUGUAUAAUCAGAUGGUGGGAGAACAUCCUACAGUGCCAUGGGUUAAAGGUUACAAGGCUACUGACAGAAAUUUUGAAUUGGCUUGGUGUACAGUAUCAGGGGAGGAAUUUGAUACAAUGGCUGAAUUGGACCAAGCGUUCAUAUAA